CGGAUUCAUAUAACACCAAGUAGUGUCUGAAUUUGAGUCAUGGUUCAAGUAUGUCUUGUCUUUUAAGCUCUACAUUUAUAUUUUUUUGGUUCAUAAACAUUGCUAAUAUAUUUCAACAAUAUUGCGAAUCCAACCACACUUUUUACUCCAUUAAAGAGUGUUAGAUCAAAAAUAUUAUCACAGAUUUUCAUUACAUCACAUGGCCCUCAACACAACAAAAUAACAUACAGUAUCAUUGCCAGUUUUCCAAUCUACAAGAUUAGUUACUAUUGUAAAACGGAUAUAUACCAGCAGGACAUAUAUAAAGACAAGAAAGGAGGAAGAAAAAAAAAAAAGAGCUUUUGUAUAUAUUUGGAAUAAAAAUAGAAGGUUGGAAAAUUUCCAUGUGAGCAGCGAUUCGUAACGUUGCCAGGCUGCCACUUGUGUAGGAGCCUCCAUUUUUGCUACUUCUUCUUCCUCUUCUCCUUUUCUUAUUAUUAUUCUGAUUUUGAAAAAUGUAGGUUUCAUCUAAAGAUUCUUCCCCCAAUCUCUGUCCCUUUUCUGAUUUCAGAAAUAUUUUAACAGAAAAGUGACACGUGAAAGAUGAUGCAAGAAUUAUAAGGGAAGAAGAAGAAGAAGAAGAAGACGAAAGAUGGCAACGUGAAAAUUUUCAGUCUGCAUUAAAUGAACGAAUGAAUGAUUGAUUUUGAUUGAGUUGUAUGCAGAGCCCGUCUUAAUCCCAUCUACAGUUUUUGGUUACCUGCUUCUUCAGAGGGAAAAAAUGGAAAACAAUGGGAUUCAGGAUUCAUUGCUUAAUAAGAAAGCUCAAUACUUUGACAACUGCCCUGGUUGUAAAGUGGAUCAGCUCAAGGAGAUGCAGAGAGGUUUUCCGAUCAAGCAGUUUACCACUAUAUGGACUAUUGUGCUUUGUGCAGCUCUGCCAAUUUCAUCUCUCUUUCCAUUUCUCUACUUUAUGGUAAGAGACUUCCAUGUCGCUGGAAGGGAAGAGGACAUUAACUCCUACGCCGGCUAUGUAGGCGCAGCAUACAUGCUUGGGAGAACUUUAACGUCUGUAAGUUGGGGUCUAGUAGCUGAUAGAUAUGGACGAAAACCGGUAAUACUGCUGAGCAUUAUAGCAGUAAUUGUCUUCAACACUAUUUUUGGCCUUAGUGUGAACUACUGGAUGGCAAUUUCUGCAAGAUUCUGUCUUGGUGCUUUUAAUGGGUUACUUGGACCGAUAAAGGCAUAUGCAACUGAGAUUUUCCGGUCAGAAUAUCAAGCUUUGGCUCUCUCAGCAAUUAGCACAUCAUGGGCAAUAGGAUUGAUCAUUGGCCCGGCUUUGGGUGGCUUUCUUGCACAGCCAGCAGAGCAAUAUCCGGCAAUAUUUUCUUCAGCUUCUAUCUUUGGAAGAUUUCCAUAUUUCUUGCCAUGCCUUGUUAUAUCAGCCUUUGCAGUGGUUGUGGUGGUAUCUAUUUAUUGGCUCCCGGAAACACUGCACAACCAUCCUCCACCUGCUGGUCCUCGUCCCGAGUCAUAUGAUGCGUUGGAGGCUGCACUGCAAGGAUCCAAGGAAGCACAAGAAAGACAAAAUACUUCUUCUAAAAGUCUCUUCAGGAACUGGCCAUUGAUGUCAUCCAUAAUAGUAUAUUGCAUUUUUUCACUUCAUGAUAUGGCUUACACAGAGGUAUAUUUAACAACAAUGUAG